AUUAGGUAGAAGUUUAAAGACAGAGAGAUUUCAAGGUAAGACCAAGCAACAGCAAACAUUGAGUGGAGAAAUGCAACUGUUAGCAGGAGAAUCUGCAUUAUUGCUUAAAACUACUAUAAAUGGUAAACAGCUUGGUCAAUCCUGAUAUGCAUCAAUUAAUGGAAAAUGGAGUGGUGGACCAAAUCUUAGCAGGCUGAAAAUAGAGAAUUAAAAAGAGACACUCCCCCAAAAAUAGCAAACCAGAAAAAGAAAACCAACCUUAUUGGAACAUCAGAGCACUGCAAAUGUGGUCAGAUUUCUCUCAGUUACCCUUUAAAAUUAGAAUUUCUGGUACUUUUAUCCCCAAAACCUCUAUAGUUCUUAAAGAGCAAAAUCAACUAAAAGACAACCACAGAGAAGAUUAAGUCCAAACGAGCAGUACUACUUAGGUCCAGAGAGACUGUAAUGGAAUAUUAUAACUUUCAUGGAAACAGCUUUAAUGAAAAAGACUUUGAGCAAACAUCAUAAAACUCUGCCAAAUGCUGGAAAAAACGUUACUAAUAUCCCGAGCAGAUUGUCUUCAAAACAGGCUUCGACAUCCAUCGGGUCAGAGCUUCCUGCGCUUUCACCAGAUGUAGUGGGUUUAAGUUCUGUUGUUAAAACAAACCCUAGAAAGAAGAGGCCCAAGACUGUGACAGUAUCAAAACGGUCAGGUACUGGAAGUAUGUCCCAGGAUCAAUGGGAUCGGCCAGUUAUUCCACCAAGACGACCGGGCUUAAGGGUGUGCUAUAUCUGUGGCAAAGAGUUUGGUUCACAGUCUCUUCCUAUUCAUGAACCAAAAUGCCUGGAGAAGUGGCAUAUUGAAAAUGACAAACUACCAAAGCAUCUCAGGAGAGCACCACCCAUUAAAGCUCAGGUUCCUCCUGGAAAGUCUCACAGUAUUGGGGCUGAAAAUGAAGCAGCAGCUCAAAGUUACCGAGUUCAGCUCCAGCCCUGUCAAAACUGUGGUCACACUUUCCUUCCAGACCGCCUCCUUGUACAUCAAAGGAGUUGUAAAGCGAAGUCUAGUCCAGGUUCUUCAAACAACAGUUCUUCCAAAUUGCUUACAUCUACAGGUUAUGGGCCAUCAUCCUCCAUAUCAGACAAGGUAAAUGAGAAGGCAUCAUACCUAUGAAAGAAGCCCAAUUGUUCUCAUGUGCAGACUUCAAGAUGACGUUCUACUGCAAUUGAAGUUAAUGGUAAAAUCUUGACUCUUGACUUUAGUCAUGCUAGGAUCUCAUUUCAGAAAAUAUAAAUGAGUAUGUUGCAUUAUAAACAAACAGCAGCAGCAACAAAAUCUUAGAUGUUCAGGUCAUGACUCAUGUCUAGGAUAAAUUUAGAAGAGAGAUGCAAUCAUACUAUUUCAUUUAGAUAAG